AUACAGUCAUGAAUACGCCGACACGUCACUCACAUACGCUUCCUCACACGCAAACGUUUCAUUAAGUAAACAAUGCACGAGUGGUUCAUCGUACUUGGAAACGGAAGCUCCGGGAAGAAAAUCGAACUGUCAGAAGACGAAGCAUGGGUCAGCUGAGAUUCCAGAUAUGACUGCCCACGCUUUUCCAGGAGACAAAAGCGUACGGCUUUGAUAGAAGAUCAUUCUGUGCACGGAGUUUUCGAGCACGUUCAAAGUACGUUGAUUCAUAUCCCCAUCAAUCGAAAGUGAACUGGUAUUAAAGUCAUUCCACACAAGAAGGUGUGCAUGCUAUAUAAAUGCCAUAUACGGUACGACUGCGCCUUACCCUUCCCUGUUCUACUCUUCGGCUUCGCGCAUGAACGGAAAUUUAAAAAAUACGCACUCAUUAAUGAUGUCGAGAGAUUAAACCGUACUCUUAUCAGUGUCGCCGAUGUAACCGGUGAUUACUUGUCGCAAAUGAGGAUAUCUCACACUGUCGAUGAGUUUCAGAUUCUUCCGGUACCAUUACGUUUGUUAAAGUGAAUUGUCAAAUAAUAAUAGUAUUCUGUAAGAAUGGGACAAGACACAGAAAGCAACAAUGGUGAUAAUGACAAGUGGAUUGAAAGUAACGUACAACACAAACGUAAUGAAAGGUCUUUGGAGCCCGAGCAACAGCAUUCUCUUUUACCAAAGGCAAGUGGCAGUACAGCGAAACAAGUUAGGGAAUAUAUCCCCAGAUCUGGGAUGAAGAAAUACAAUAAUGCUUUGAGCAAUUUGAUACCAAUACGGUAUCAGAACCAGAAGAAAGAAAAUUCACCAGCGGAUAAUGCUGGAUUAUUUUCUUAUGUAUAUAUAACAUGGAUGACGCCAUACUUAUGGAAAGCAUACAAGAAAGGUCUUACGGUAAAGGACUUACCGGACAUAUCGGUAUAUGAUAGCUGCGAGUACAAUGCACUUAGACUCGAUGUACUUUGGCAACAAGAACUAAGUCAAAAUGGCCCGAAUGCAGCAUCUUUUUCUACAGUUGCGUGGAAAUUUGUACGCACACGAGUUUGCAUGUCAUGUUUUUUAUUGACAUGUUCUCUUAUUUUUGGAUUUCUAAGUCCAACGAUAUUAAUGAGGAAAAUAUUGGAACACGUAGAGUCUCCAGAAGAGGACUUUUGGGAUGGUAUCAAAUGGGUUUUUCUACUGACAGUAUGCGAUUCUUUGCGAGCUUUCUUCUUUACCUGGACAUGGAACAUGAACUAUAAGACUGGAUUACGAUUGAAGUCGGCUUGUACAGCUCUGUUGUAUAAGAAGAUUAUAAGAUUAAAUAGUCUUGGCAAUAAAAGUACAGGAGAAAUAAUCAAUUUAUUUUGCAACGACAGUCAAAGACUUUUUGAUGUGAUUAUUUAUGGACCAAUGAUUAUUAGCGGGCCGAUAGUUAUAAGUUGUGGUAUAAUUUACAUAUUGUGGCUAUUCAAUCCCAUUGCUCUAGUAGGAAUGAUAGCUUUUCUCUCGUUUUAUCCGUGUCAGUACUUCAUCUCUCGUGCGACUGGCUAUUUUCGCUCGAAAUCGGUAAACGUUACAGAUACUCGGGUGCGACUCAUGAGUGAGAUUCUCGAAUGCAUAAAGUUGAUUAAGAUGUAUGCCUGGGAGAAAUAUUUUGGCCAAAAACUUCUCGCUAUACGCAAGAAAGAAGAAAGUUGGCUUCAUAAGACUGCGUACUUUCAAAGUCUUAGUAUUUCUUUGACGCCUGCUAUACCUGUUAUAUCCGCGAUCAUCACGUUUUUAGCACACAUUGCUUCGGGCAGUGGAUUAACAGCUGCACAGGCUUUUCCAAUGACCACAUUAUUUGGAAAUUUACUUAGACUGGCACUCACGUCACUUAAGGAUACCACGCGAUAUUUUAUCAGCGCCCUCAUAGCUCUUAGAAGAUUCAAGGUGUUUCCUUUCGUAUCGGUACUCAAUGCUCAAAUUCGUACCUCUUUCAUGUUUUUACAAGUGGCCUUAGUUAAUAUCACCGCAGUAAAGAUAACUUUUGGCAGAAUAAAGAGUGUAUUACUAUUGGAUGAAAGCAGUUGCCAAGCGUCAAAACCGAUUGUGAGAUCGCAAGCAGUUGCCAUUGCUAAUGGUACCUUCGUUUGCGACAGUAUGACGCUUCAAACAGAUGCAUUGAUCGACAGCAAGAAAAAAAAGAAAUCGCUACCAGUCACAGACAGUCCGCCGGAACUGGAAAACUUGAAUCAAUUGAUGCAAGAAGCUAAAUACGUUGAAGUUCUUACUGACGUGCAUUUCGGAGCACCUAAAGGAAAGCUGGUCGGUAUUUGUGGUCACGUAGGCAGCGGCAAGUCCAGUCUGCUUUUAGCAGCUUUAGGACAGCUGAAAAUAACAAAGGGACACAUCUUAAGGGAGGGCACUUGUGCUUAUGUCAGCCAACAAGCGUGGAUUGUGAAUGGAACCUUUAAGGAGAAUAUUUUGUUCGGCGAGGAGUUUGAUGCCAAACGUUAUUAUCACACGAUCACAAUUUGCAAUCUGAAGGAAGAUUUAAAUAUGUUACCGGGAGGAGAUGAUACUGAGAUCGGUGAGAGAGGUAUCAAUCUAUCCGGAGGACAAAAGCAGAGAGUUGCGCUCGCGCGAGCAUAUUAUGCCAAUCGGGAUAUUUAUUUUCUUGAUGAUCCUUUGAGCGCAGUUGAUGCAUACGUUGGUUCAUAUAUAUUCGAGAAAUUGAUCCUUGAAGCUCUUAGAAACAAAUCUGUUCUUUUCGUGACACAUAACGUUCAAUUUUUAAAACGCUGUGAUGAAAUUUACAUGAUGAAUGCGGGCAAGAUUGUAGAGCAUGGAACCCACGAAGAUCUCUUACGACUUGAUAGGGAAUACGCAUCAAUGGUGAAGAACAGCACAAUUGCAACGGAAGAUAAUUUAUCAGCUGUUAAAUCUAUGAAAGUAACACAAAAAAGUAUUAACGAUUUAGAAGUGCAAAAGAAAUCUGCGCACAAAGAAAAUUAUGGAAAAGAGAAAUUAUACAAAGGAACUUUAACAAUGGCAGAAAAGUCUGAAAGUGGAUCCGUCAAGUCGUACACUUAUCACACAUAUAUACAAGCUACAGGUGGUUAUUUGAUCGCUAUUCUCGUAUUUUUUACGUUUUUUUUGAACGUAGGUAGUUCGGCCUUCAGUACUUGGUGGCUCGUCGUGUCAAUCUUAUUUAAUUUUCAGAACGUGACUAUGCCAGGAACUAAUGAUACUAUAUACUCAGAGGAUAUCAACGCUAAUCCUGAUUUUUCAUUUUAUCGAGAUAUAUACGGUGCUUGCAUCAUCGGCAUAUUAUUGACAAGUUUUCUUCGUGGCUUAGUAAUUAUGUUUGCCACGAUAAAAGCUUCGACUACAUUGCACAACACGUUUCUUCACAAAAUUAUUAGUUCUCCGUUAAGCUUCUUCGAAACUACUCCAAGUGGUAGAAUACAGAACGUUUUCAGUCGAGACAUAGACGAAAUUGAUAAUUAUUUACCCAUAUCGAUAGAAAACAUGGUGCAAAAUAUUUUUACUUGCAGUUUUGCUAUUUUUUUUAUUUGUGGCAUAUUGCCCUGGUUUUCGAUACCGUUACUUCUAUUUGGUGUACUAUUCUUCUUCGUUGGCAAAUUGUUUAGAAUAGGAAUGAGGGAUUUGAAAAGAAUGGAGAGUGUCUCGCGGUCUCCUGUUUUAAGUUUCGUUACAACGACGAUUCAAGGUUUAAGUACAAUUCACGCUUUUCAAAAGGAGAAGAAUUUCUUAUACAGAUUUGAAGAAUUAUUCAACACGAAUAAUUUAUGUCAGUAUCUAUGUCAAGCCGCGAUGAGAUGGUCUGCGAUUAGACUGGAUAGUUUGGUAAUUGCUUCAUCCUGUAUAAUUGCGUUAUUCGUGAUUUCAUUUAAAAAUGAAAUAUCGCCGGCCUUUGCCGGUCUGGCUAUGGCAUAUGCCACACAGAUGACUGGUGUUUUCCAGUAUACGGUCAGACUAAUGUCUGAGACGGAAGUGCGCUUUAUAAGCGUAGAGAGAAUUAGUUACUACCUCAAGACUUUGCAGAAAGAAGGUGCAAGCAGAACAGUCGCUCUUAAACCAGCCGAUGAUUGGCCUUCUCGUGGCAAAAUAGAGUUCAAAGCUGUUCAGAUGAGAUACAGAGAGGAGUUGCCGCUUAUACUGCUCGAUGUCUCGUUUACGAUAAAGCCCGGAGAAAAAAUUGGCAUCGUAGGUCGCACAGGAUCCGGUAAAAGCUCCUUAGUCGUAGCUUUAUUCCGAUUAGUCGAAAUUUGUGAAGGGAGUAUUAAGAUCGACGGUAUAGAUAUUUCGAAAUUAGAAUUAGAUAUACUAAGAAAUAAAUUGUCAAUUAUUCCUCAAGAUCCAGUUUUAUUCAGUGGCACUGUAAGAUCUAAUUUGGAUCCUUUCCAACAUCACGCCGAUCAUGAUAUUUGGAAUGCUCUUGAAAAGACUCAGAUGAAAGAAAAGGUGUCUCUAAUGUCGGGAAAUCUCGAUGCGUCCGUUGGAUUUGGCGGAAAUAAUUUGAGCAUUGGCGAGAGACAGCUUCUUUGUCUGGCAAGAGCUUUAUUACACAGUACAAAGAUACUGAUUCUGGACGAAGCCACGGCCGCCGUCGAUCCGGAAACUGAAGCGACAGUGCAGAACACGCUGCAGAACGAGUUCGCGGAUUGCACUGUACUUACGAUCGCUCAUAGAUUACAAACUGUUGUUGCGUGUAAUCGCAUUCUCGUCAUGAGCGAGGGCAAGAUUGUUGAAUUUGGCCUCAUCAUUGCGAACAUAAUCCCUAUUAUGAUGCUGGGGCGGAAGCAGAGCCUCAAGGGGGAACCCGUCCUGGCCGAUUAUGGUCCAGAAGAGUCCCUCAAUGAGAGCGCUGACAUAGAAUGGGUCAACAAGUUAUGGGUAAGACGGUUGAUGCGACUUUGCGCCCUAGUCUCGUUGGCUUCUGUUUGCUUGAAUACUCCAAAAACUUUUGAGAAAGUACCAUCCCUUCAAUAUGUUACCUUUAUUUGCGAUUUGAUAAUCACGUUUCUGUUCACUGCCGAGAUGAUCGCUAAGAUGCAUAUACGGGGAAUACUAAAGAGGGAUAAGUCUUACCUGAAAGACCACUGGUGCCAAUUUGACGGGUUUAUGGUAAUCUUUCUCUGGUUAUCUGUAAUUCUGCAAAUGUUUGAGAUGCUGGGUUUCAUAAAAUUUAGUUACGCCUCGAUAGCGCGGUCACCACGGCCGCUGAUCAUGAUACGCUUCCUUCGAGUCUUUCUUAAAUUUUCAAUGCCCAGAGCCAGAAUCAAUCAGAUCUUCAAACGCUCGAGUCAGCAGAUCUACAACGUAACGCUUUUCUUCCUGUUCUUCAUGUCCCUUUAUGGUCUUUUGGGUGUGCAAUUCUUCGGCGAACUAAAAAAUCAUUGCGUGCUGAACACAACUGAGCCUAAUUACAUUACGAUCAACAGUCUGGCUAUUCCUGACACAUUCUGCUCCACCGAUCCAGAAUCUGGAUAUCAAUGCCCCGAAGGAAUGGUCUGCAUGAAACUGGAGUUGACCAAGUAUAUUAUAGGCUUCAAUGGAUUUGACGAGUUUGCUACCAGUAUCUUCACCGUAUAUCAAGCGGCUUCUCAGGAAGGAUGGGUCUUUAUCAUGUAUCGCGCGAUCGAUAGUCUACCAGCAUGGCGCGCAGUUCUUUACUUCAGUACAAUGAUAUUCUUCUUGGCCUGGUUAGUGAAGAACGUUUUCAUUGCUGUCAUUACGGAAACUUUUAACGAAAUCCGAGUACAGUUCCAACAAAUGUGGGGCGUUAGAGGUCACAUUAGCAACAGUUCGGCAUCGCAGAUAUUGACUGGAGACGAUAAUGGCUGGAAAUUAGUGACAUUAGACGAGAAUAAACAUGGGGGCCUAGCCUCUCCACUUUGUCAUACUAUUCUCAAGUCGCCGCAUUUUCGUUCAGUUAUAAUGUGUGCAAUUCUAGCGAAUGGCAUCACCACUGCGACGAUGAGUUUCAAGCAUGAUGAUAAACCGAGGCAAACAUACUAUGACAAUUAUUACUGGGCCGAGAUUGUCUUCACGAUAUUGCUGGAUUUAGAGACCCUCUUCAAGAUAUGGUGCCUGGGUUUCCGGAGUUAUUUUAAGCAUUCGAUUCACAAAUUCGAACUGCUGCUUGCCAUUGGCACGACUUUACACAUUAUUCCGUUUUUGUAUCUCUCUGGAUUCACUUUCUUUCAGGUUCUCAGAAUAGUUCGGCUUAUUAAAGCGUCACCAAUGCUGGAGGACUUUGUCUACAAAAUUUUUGGCCCUGGCAAGAAGCUCGGUAGUCUCAUCAUUUUUACCAUGUGCCUGCUGGUGAUAUCCUCAAGUAUUUCUAUGCAGCUCUUCUGCUUCCUUUGCGACUUCACCAAAUUCGAAACUUUUCCUGAAGCAUUUAUGUCUAUGUUCCAAAUUUUCACACAAGAAGCCUGGGUCGAUGUGAUGGAUGAAACUAUGUUACGAACACAUGAAGGCAUAGCACCAUUUAUCGCAGUAUACUUCAUUUUGUAUCAUCUCUUUGUCACAUUGAUCGUGCUAAGUCUUUUCGUCGCGGUAAUUCUUGACAAUCUCGAAUUGGAUGAGGACAUUAAGAAACUGAAGCAAUUGAAAUUUCGUGAACAAAGUGCCGAGAUAAAGGAAAGCUUGCCAUUCAGAUUGAGAAUCUUUGAAAAAUUCCCAGACAGUCCGCAGAUGACGUGUCUUCACAAAGUGCCAUCAGAUUUCAAUUUACCGAAGGUGCGCGAGAGUUUUAUGCGACAAUUCGUGCUUGAAGUAGAGGAUGAGGAAAAUGAAGGUGUAAAGAGAAUUAAUGAAACCUUUGAUUCAAAAAUUGUGUAUAGAAAACAACGCCCGGUGAAAAUUUUAAAUAAUCCGCCGAAGGUGAGAAGUGUCGUUACUAAUUUGAAGAAAGCUUCUGUUAUUUAUAUCAUAAAUGAUUCCAAUAAUCAGAGGCUUCUCUUGGGAGACUCCGCCAUGAUUCCAGUACCAGGAAAAGGACUUCUAAAACCGCAGGGCACCGUGAGUGGCACUAAGCAACUUCGCAUCGAUCCGAAAAAAUCAAUCAGAAGAAGCGUCCGAAGUGGAUCGAUCAAAUUAAAACAGACGUACGAGCAUCUUAUGGAAAACGGUGAUAUAGGAGGAAUAAACAGAGUCAGUUCGUCAAGCAGAAGGCCACAUGAUUUAGACAUCAAAUUGCUACAAGCUAAGAGACAACAGGCGGAGAUGCGAAGAAACCAACGUGAAGAUGAUUUGCGAGAGAACCAUCCAUUCUUCGAUACGCCGUUAUUUGCAGUACCUCGCGAAAGCAAAUUCCGAAAAUAUUGCCAGUUAUUCGUCUAUGCGAGAUACGACGCGAGAUUGAAAGAUCCUUUAACAGGCAAGGAAAGGAAGGUGCAAUACAAGAGUCUACACAAUUUUCUUGGUUUAGUGACCUAUCUCGAUUGGGUAAUGAUAUUCAUCACGACGUUGUCGUGCAUCUCGAUGAUGUUCGAGACACCACGAAAGCGCGUAAUGGAGACACCGGCGUUGCAGAUCACCGAAUACUGCUUCGUUAUUUGUAUGAGCAUUGAACUAGCGUUAAAAAUCUUGGCGGAUGGUCUGUUCUUUACACCCAAGGCCUACAUCAAAGACGUUGCCUCUGUGUUAGAUGUCUUCAUUUACAUUGUAAGUCUCAUAUUCUUAUGUUGGAUGCCGAAAAGCGUGCCGCCGAAUUCUGGAGCGCAACUGCUGAUGAUAUUACGAUGCGUCAGACCGCUAAGAAUUUUCACUCUUGUUCCACAUAUGAGGAAAGUCGUUUACGAGCUGUGCAGAGGAUUCAAGGAAAUUUUAUUGGUAUCAACAUUAUUGUUCUUGCUGAUGUUCAUGUUCGCGAGUUACGGAGUGCAAUUAUAUGGCGGUCGAUUAGCGAGAUGUAACGAUCCCACGAUCUUGAAGCGCGAGGAAUGCGUCGGAGUAUUUAUGAGAAGAGUGUUCGUGACGAAGAUGAAACUACGACCAGGGGAAAACGAGAGUUAUCCGUCCAUAUUAGUACCGCGUGUUUGGGCUAAUCCUAAAAGAUUCAACUUUGAUAAUAUUGGCGAUGCUAUGAUGGCUUUGUUUGAAGUACUUUCUUUCAAAGGAUGGCUUGACGUACGGGAUGUUCUUAUUAAAGCUCUUGGUCCCGCUCACGCUAUCUAUAUACACGUUUAUAUUUUCCUCGGUUGCAUGAUCGGCUUGACAUUGUUCGUGGGUGUGGUGAUCGCGAAUUACUCCGAGAACAAAGGCACUGCUUUGCUCACGGUCGAUCAAAGACGGUGGUGCGACUUGAAGAAACGUCUGAAGAUCGCUCAGCCACUGCACUUACCACCUAGACCGGACGGCAAGAAGUUCCGUGCUUUCAUCUACGAUAUCACGCAGAACAUUUAUUUCAAAAGAUUCAUUGCUGUUAUGGUACUCGUGAACAGCGCUCUUCUGUGCGUUUCUUGGAGACUCGAAGAGGAACACACAGAAGCUCUGGCUAUGGUCUCCACGAUUCUGACACUGGUGUUCCUUGUGGAAGUAAUCAUGAAAAACAUUGCUUUUACACCGCGUGGUUAUUGGCAAUCCAGGAGAAACAGAUACGAUCUACUCGUGACAGUUGUAGGCGUUAUUUGGAUUAUCAUACACUGCACAAUGCAGAACGAUCUGUCUUACGUAAUUGGAUUUAUGGUCGUAAUCUUGAGAUUCUUCACCAUCACUGGCAAACACACCACUCUCAAGAUGCUAAUGUUGACAGUUGGUGUAUCCGUCUGCAAGAGCUUCUUCAUCAUAUUCGGCAUGUUUCUUCUUGUCUUCUUCUACGCGUUAGCUGGCACUAUAAUCUUUGGUACAGUGAAGUACGGAGAAGGUAUAGGAAGACGCGCUAAUUUCGAAUCACCGGUUACCGGCGUGGCGAUGCUCUUUCGCAUAGUGACGGGGGAGGAUUGGAACAAAAUUAUGCACGACUGCAUGAUACAACCACCCUAUUGCACACCGGCGGAUAAUUACUGGGAAACGGAUUGCGGCAAUUUCCACGCUUCUCUAAUUUAUUUUUGCACUUUUUACGUCAUCAUUACUUACAUCGUCUUGAAUCUUUUAGUGGCUAUUAUUAUGGAGAACUUUUCUUUAUUCUAUUCAAAUGAAGAGGAUGCGUUAUUAUCGUAUGCAGACAUAAGGAACUUUCAGAACACGUGGAAUGUUGUUGAUAAUCAUCAGAAAGGUGUUAUACCGGUGAAGCGGGUGAAGUUUAUCUUGCGAUUGUUGAAAGGUAGAUUGGAGACCGAUCCACAAAAGGAUCGCCUGCUCUUCAAAUACAUGUGCUACGAACUCGAACGAUUGCACAAUGGCGAAGAUGUUACCUUUCACGAUGUCAUUAAUAUGUUAUCGUAUCGCUCAGUGGAUAUAAGGAAAGCGCUACAAUUGGAAGAACUUCUUGCACGGGAAGAAUUCGAGUAUAUAAUUGAGGAGGAAGUAGCUAAGCAAACCAUCAGAACUUGGUUACAGGGCUGCCUGAAGAAGAUACGAGCGAAACAAAACAAUCUUAUCGCGGGUCUUCGUGCUACAAAUAACACAGCUGUGCCACCUCAAGAUAUAGAGAAAGGUAAAGAAGAGAAAGGCAAGGAAGUUAGUGUUGAUCGUGAAGAGGAGACUGAAAUAAAGGAUGUCGAAGCUCCAAAAUACAGGGCCAAGAAACCGAUGGUGCUUCCAAGAUCGGACAGCAUAGGAAGUGCUUCAGGAAGAAAGUACCUAGCACCAACUUUAUCGGAUCCAGCAUCCGUUCGAUCCGAGAAGGAUAAGAUCGCAGUGUCGAAGAAAAGGAAUAGCAGACCGCCAGCAAUGGUGAAAAAUAAUUUGCAUCAUUUAACGGAAAAUACAGAGCAAAGCAGGCAGGCAAGGGAAGCGUUGAACAACAAAGCAACCGCGCCUAAAGUUUCCAGCGUCAUGUUGGAAGUUCGAGAAUGGUGGAAGGAACAAUUGGCUUACAGCAGCGAGUCCAGCGAGGACGAACUCUGAACUUUUCAAAAUUAUGGACGUAGAUUACAAUCGUAGUAGAUUGUGAACUGACGAUUCUUACUUUUAGCAAUUGUAAAAGACAAAUUCUUAAUCUAAGA